ACACAAUUAACCAUGUGUGUGUGUGUGUGUGUGUGUGUGUGUGUGUGUGUGUGUGUGUGUGUGUGUGUGUGUGUGUGUGUGUGUGCGUUGGUUUUUAUGAUUUAUCAGGACUUUUCACCUGAUUACGUGCCGACAUUAUCGGGACAUUUGGGAUUAUGAGGACAGGGACGGUGUCCUCAUAAUUCCUGUAAUACAGAUGCAUUUAUCUAAGUUAGAAAACCCCCCCUGCAAACUUUGGGGCCAAGUCCUCUUACACCACAAAACCACGAAAACCAGUUCACACAGUGUAAACUCUGCAUUCAGCAUCGCGCCCUCUGUAGGCUGGAGCCGGAGAAACACCAGAAUAACACUUGCGUUAAGAUUUACGGCUGCUGAUUGGCUAGUUCUGGACUAGCCAUCUAAGGUUGUGAUUGGCUGAGAGGUAUGUCAUUCACUGCGAAUCCUCGUUUCUAUCGGUGGACUUCAGCAGGAGACUAAGAGGACACUACAAUAUCCUGUAAUAUCCAAGUCGUGGAACAGACUGUAAUCAGGAGGAGAUGGCUUCUUCGAAGUUGAGAAGUAGAAAACUUUCUCCAAAACAAGAGGCUGCAUAUUUUAUAUCUGCAUGUAAAGACAAAGAUGGACUUUAUGUGAAAUAUAUAAAUUCAUAUAAAGGCCGUGGGGUAUACAGCAGAUUCCAUUUUGAGAGGGGAGAUUUUCUUCUGGAAUACAGAGGGCAACUCAUCAGCAGGCAUGAAUGUGAAAGUAGACAGAAAAUAUAUCAUGAUGCCCUCAAAGUGUUCAUGUUUGAAUUUUAUUUCAAUGGAAAAUUGUUUUGCAUUGAUGCUGCCCGAGACGAUGGCUCCCUUGGGAGACUGGUGAAUGAUGACCAUGUUAGCCCAAACAGCAAAAUGAAAAAAAUAACCAUAUCAGGAAAGCCCCAUCUAUGUUUAUUCGCAACCAGAAGCAUUAGUCCUGGAGAAGAAAUUACAUAUAACUACGGUGACUCUGACUGGCCAUGGAGAUGCAAGGUGGCUACUGAAAAAGACCAACUGCACCCAAAAGAGCAGAGCACAUCAAGUGAGAACAUAACCGAUGUGGGAAUGACUACGAAUGUCCAGUUGUUGCCAGAAGGACAGCAUGCAGAUGUCCUAAGAGAAGAGACAGAAGAGGCUGUUUCUGAGGGAGACCCCUGUGCCAAUACUCUGAUGGAUACCUCAUCACUUAGCAAAGAAAUGGAACAGAACAUAACCGAUGUGGGAAUGACUACGAAUGUCCAGUUGUUGCCAGAAGGACAGCAUGCAGAUGUCCUAAGAGAAGAGACAGAAGAGGCUGUUUCUGAGGGAGACCCCUGUGCCAAUACUCUGAUGGAUAACUCAUCACUUAGCAAAGAAAUGGAACAGAACAUAACCGAUGUGGGAAUGACUACGAAUGUCCAGUUGUUUCCAGAAGGACAGCAUGCAGAUGUCCUAAGAGAAGAGACAGAAGAGGUAGCCACCAAACUUGAUUUUUGCAAGACAGGGGGUCACAGAUCAUCAUUUCCAAAUGAGAAUGUUGAGAAGCAGCCCUGUAAGCAUGAGGUCAUCCAUGCAAAUUUUUCAAGCAUGGACAAAUGUUCUGCAUGUUUUGGACCUGUGGCGCCACUCAAGUGGAUUGGUCUGAGGUGUAAAGUGUGCUCUAAAUUUUGGCACAAGAACUGCUUUGCAAAAUUUGAAAAGAAUGAUGAAGAACCACUUUCAUGGGAUAUAGGAUUUUCAAGUUCUGAUGAGGAAGUGUCACUCUCAGAUGAGGAAUAUGUCCCAGACUCAGACAGUGAAUCGUGCAGUUCAGUGGAGUUAGCAGCAGGAUAUGUAAACAAUGUCCAAAACAAAUGUUCCUCAAAUGAACAGAACGUGAAAGUUGCCACCUCAGAGUGCACCAAAUCUCAGAAAACAAAGUUGAACCAGGAAGGUGUAAGCAAAGGUUCACAGUAUUUGAAGGCCAGGGAAGUGUCUUGUUUAAAUGAGGAUGAUUUAUUUUGUUGUCUGGAGGAGUUGACAAGUGGAGAAUCAGACAAUGAGUCAGACAGUUCUGCAGAAGGGACAGAUUUACUUUCAAGCACCAGUCAAGUUAAACGCCUUUCAGAGAUCAAAAGAUCAUCAAAAGUUGACGUUUUAAUUAAUAGAUCAGAUCGUGUUUCUUUGCCCAGAAAAGACCAUAAAACACCUACAAGUGAACAGCAGUUGGAAAUAAUAGGUGGUACUAGUGCACUUGAUUUGCCUGGAGAUUAUAAGGAUGUAUCAGUGGCAGGAGCAAAGGGUAACAUGGCUGGAGCUGAGAAAUGUCUUCAAUCAUCAGACAUUUCUUGUUCUGAAAAUAAGAAUUACUGUUACAUUUGUGGGAAACCACAGUCAAAAAUAUCUCGUCAUUUAAAAACCCAUUUGACUGAAGUUGAAGUUGCAGAAGCACUGUCAUUUCCAAAACGCUCAAAAGAACGCAAAAGACUACUAGAAAAAAUUCGGAACAAGGGGAACUAUCGGCAUAAUUCCAAUGUAUUAGAGAAAGGAAAUGGGUUGCUUAAAGUAAAACGAAGGCCAAACAAAGAUUGUGAUUCAAAACAGUUUGUGCAUUGUAUGUACUGCAAAGCAAUGUUUGGGCGUAAAGAACUAUGGCGACAUGUGAGAAGAUGUUCCUCAAAGCCAGGUUCAGUAAGUGAACAUCAGGGACGGACCAGAGUGUUGGGUUUGGCUGCCAUGGCAGAGUCUACAUCUUUGCAGCAGAUAUCUGGAGGAGUUUGGAAGCUCUUGAGUGCAAUGAAGCAAGAUGACAUAUCUUCUGUUGUACGCAAUGACUUCUGCAUUCUUCAGCUAGCGCAGUCAUUCUUCAACAAACAUGGAAAUGACCCUACCAAGUUUGAAUAUAUUCGUCAGAAGCUUCGAGAAAUUGGGAGGUUUUUGAUAACAUUGCGCAGUGAGUCCUCUAUAUACAGCCUUGAGGAAGCUAUAAAACCAGCUAAUUUCCAGCAUGUUAUUGAAGCUGUGAAGAAAGUGUCAGGUCAUGACGAAGAAAAAAACUACUACCAAAGGCCAAGCCUAGCAUUGAAAUUGGGCCACACAUUGCAAAAGGUCUGCGAGCUCAUCCACUGCAGAGGUCUAAUGGCAGAAGAUGAAGAGUUAAUUAAGUCAACUGAGACAUUCAGAAAGCUAUAUACCACCAAGUGGUCUGAGCUAAUAUCACACAGGGCUUUAAGCACAAUGAAUGAAGCAAAAUUCAAUAAACCGUCAACACUGCCUUUCACUCAUGAUGUUCAGCUCCUUCAUAAACACCUGGAAACUACUGCCAAUGCAGCAUCUGAAAACCUGAAAAAAACAUCAUCAUCACAAAGUUAUGCAGAACUUGCAAAAGCUACCCUUGCAAGGGUAAUUAUUUUCAAUCGUAGGCGUGCCGGUGAAGUAUCUAAAAUGCAGCUCAAAAGCUUCCAGGAAAGAGAGAACACACUACUUCACGCAGAUGUUGCAGUAGGUCUUUCCAAAUUUGAGCAGAAACUCUGUAGUCAUUUUAGUAGAGUUGAAAUCAGAGGUAAAAGAGGUCGAAAGGUUGCUGUCCUCCUCACACCAGAUAUGGUAGAUGCCCUAACACUUCUGGUGAAUAAAAGAACAGAGUGUGCGGUUCAGGAUAACUGCUUCUUGUUUGCUAGACCCAAAUGCCAGAGUCAUUACAGAGGUCAAGAUUGCUUGCGGCUCUAUGCAACUCAGUGUGGUGCUCAAAAUCCACAACAUCUCAGGUCAACACAUUUGCGCAAACACGUGGCCACUCUAUCACAAAUUCUUAAUUUGAAAAACAAUGAAUUAGAUCAAGUUGCUGACUUCUUGGGGCACGAUAUUCGUGUACACCGUGAGUAUUACAGGCUUCCAGAAGCGACAACUCAGCUGGCAAAAAUAUCCAAACUUCUGCUUGCUAUGGAAAAAGGGUGUCUCCCUAACUUUCAAGGCAAAUCACUCGAUGAAAUUGAAAUUGAAGAUGAGAUCAACUUAACUGAUGGCAGUGAUGGAACUGAACCUGACAGUGAUACAGAGGAUGCUACCUUGGGCACACCAAGACUGAAUGAAAGUCAAAGCAUUCAGCCAGCUACAGAAGAUAAUGCUGGAGGCUCAACAGAUUCCAUCAGUGUGGGCCAGGUUUUUACAGCAGCAAUUAAAACCUCAAAGAAGAAGUCGCGAACACAGUGGUCAAAACAGGAGGUGACAGCUGUAUUGAAACAUUUUAAAGAUCAUAUAACCAAAGGAAAACUGGCAACAAUGGCAGAGUGUCAGCAGUGCAAGUCAGCUGAGGACCCUGUUCUGGCAGGGCGCACUGUACAAAAUAUAAGAGAUUUUGUUAGAAAUAGAGGGAUCACACUAAAAAGGAAAACCAUGUCUAAUUGAAUAUAUAUUAUUUUCUAUAGAGGCAAAAAUGCCAAGGAGAAAAAUAUUGUUUAUUUCUAAUUUUUGGGGAGUAAAGAAUUUGCCCUCGUGUCAUGCACUCUUAAGUUGCAGAAAGUCUUUUGUUACAAGUUAUAAUAAAAAAUUAAUUAUUUUAAUAUUAAUAUUUUAAUUUCACGUUAGUACUUGUGCAUAAGUAAUCUGCAUUUCAUUAAUCAGGAAAAAAGUCAUUUUUGUUUUUGUGCAUAUUCGAGGUCCAAUAAAACAUCACUGACCUUCUAGCACAGUGAAUGGA